AUUCCAUUCGUACUUGAACUGUGAAACUGAAAAGAUGGAAAAAGCUAAUUUCUGCAAGGGUGGCUUCAUUGCUGUACUGCUGCUCUUGGGAGCCGUCGCCUCAAGCCCACUCCAUGAUAUCGAAGAAGCAAUUACCGUUCCGACCAUUCAAUUUCUGAGCAAGACAGUCGAUCAAGACGUCUGCACUGCGUAUCAAGUUCGGGGACGGCUCUUCGUCACAUCAGCUCGUUGCUUGGGAGAGGAUCACAGCGCAAUUCAACAACUAACCGCACUAGAUGUCUUCGACCAAGGAAGCCGCGAUAUAAAAGCAUUCGCAAUUCGUGGACCAGAAUCGGAAGCCUGUGAGGACAUUGCACUUGUGUUGUACAAUGGUCCAUUAGGAACGGAGUCAGAAUCGGCGGUGCCCGACCAUAGCAGCGGUUUCGUCGCAGCAUUCGGUCUCGAGCCACUGGGACGGUUCGAGCGUGAAGAUGAUGCGGAGGCAGCUGCGGCUAUCAUUGGGUUCAAUUUGAUUGGCUCGAUCAUGGCUCUGUUCAGCUCGAUGCUGUUGAUGAAAUGAGCGGAAGUUCCUCAAAAAGUAUGGCGUAUUGUUCGGCAGAGGUUAAAAAAAAACUUAUUUAAAUGUAUUGAUAUAGAACAAAUAAAAUAUUUAUGGUA